AGCUAACCCUCGAGCAAACGCCCAGUUUCAAAUAGCAUACAUCAAGACCCACACCAGGGCGGCUGCGUACAUCAUAGGAUUCUUUGCUGGGGGCUACUUCGCCAGUAAGAAGAAAAAUAAUAUCGUACUAUCAAAGAAACGCUCAGUGACCGGCGCGUGCGCAGCCACAGUCAUCAUGUUACUGGUCAUGGUGAGCGGGACGUCAUACCUGUGGCGCAGCUACUCGCCGACAGAGGGCGCGCUGUACGCCGCCGCCAACCGCCCCGUGUGGGCCAUUGGGGUGGUUCUACUGAUACUGUGCUGCUCUUUUGGUGACGUCCCGCUGCUGAAGAGCUUCCUCUGCUGGUACCCGUGGGUGCCGCUGAGCCGGCUGGCUUACGGCUUGUACCUCACGCACACUGUGCUCAUCAUCAGAAACGUCGGCAUUGCCAGGAACCCGGUCUAUUAUGACAACCUUUCUGUUUUCAUGUCAUCAUUGAGUGUGAUUUGUCUGGGGACCUUCUGCGCGUUCAUUAUCUGGCUCUUGGCCGAGGCUCCCGUCAACAACCUUUUCAUGCUGUGCCUCAAACCUAGUUCCAGCGGAGCGCGACUGUUUGGCAACAUAACAGCAGCCAACGCCGCGGCACAUAAUGACAUAAUUGGCGGGGAGCGGGCGCGGGGCGAGGGGCGCAUGCGCGCGUUUGACGGCCAAGGUCGAGGCCGCGCGAUUCUGCCGCGCGCCGCCGCGUCGGCUGGUCCCUCGCCUUCUCGCUGGCUCUCACAAAACAACUUAUGGGCCCCAAAUGCGCAGUAA